GUUUCAACCAUCUGUUGACGCGAGUUGACGGGAUGUGACACCAAUAACAACUCUGUGGAUGCCAGGAUAUGACUGAUUUGUUGCAUUUGGAAAAAAAAUACUGCUCUCGCGUCAUCAUGAUCGUAGUAUGAUUUCAAAGAACCUGCAACAAUUAUGAAAUUGUUACUGAAGUGAAAGAUAUUUGAUGCAAUGGUUGUUAGUAUCGAGGAUUGAAAUAAUUGGCUAGUCGUGACAUCUUUUGCUGCUGCUGUCAUAUCUGGAGUAAUGAUUUUAAGUUGUGUCAGCUGCAAAUGCUGGAGGCGUUUCAUGAAGAAGGAUAUAACAGAUGAAGAGGAACAACACGAAGAAGGUGAAGUUUACUCAAAUCCGUCUUUUGAUGACACAACACAAAAGGCAAAUACAUCUGUAGAGACAAAAAGAAAGAAUAAAUAUGGUUCAUCUGUUGUCAUUAAUUCACCAAAUAAUUCAAUUGAACCGUACCAAGAAGUGCCAGAUGGUCUAGUCUUGCAAAAUAGAUUUGCAGACGAUAACAAGUCUGCUCAGAAACCACUCUCUGAAUCCCACCCUCAUAAUGGUGAUUUAAAAGGUGCUGAAUCUAUUGAUGAUAAAUCAUCCGCUACAGACAGGACUAGUGAGGAUGGACAGUUGUAUUCUUCGGGGAAGCCAGAUGCCGAGUCAAACACAAGCACUAUUACCGUCAGCGUCGAGGUUCACUGUACAGAUUUUGAAAACCACCAGAAUGGAAUAUCCCAAUCAAGCAGUAAUAAUUGUACACCAAAACAACGUAGCAUUUUAGAGAACCAUGUUGGAAAUGACAUUGAAAGUAAUGGUAUGGCGUUACACAUAAACUCGUUCGCAGUUGAAAGGCUGGAGGGAAAUAUGAAGAAAACGAACGCAUUUCAAAAUGCAGGGAUGAGUAUUGCCUUGUGAAGAAUCCAGUGUUUUAAUAAUGAAUGCUAAUACUAUUUAAUCAUAUUUUAUUGGUGGCUCACAUAUAUUACAUUCAUACUCUUAUUCAUGUUUGAAAGCUAUACUGUAAUUGGCUAUCAUACUGCAUAAAUAAAUGAAAAUAUAAUAAUUAUAAUAAUAAGAUGUUUUAUACGCCAGUAUUUCUUAAGAUGGUGCCUGGUUCACAGGGUGCUUUUGAUAUAAGUUUUGAGUUUGAUAUGUGAUUUUCAGAGAUCAAUUGAUACGGAGAAACUCUUCUGGAGAUGUGGUGCUCCUGAUGAAAAUGACAUUUGACCCCAUGAUAUGCAAGUUUUUUUGUUUUUUUUUCUGAAAAAGUAUCCUUUGUUGAAGAUCUCAUCUUUUUUCAGCAUAAUAACAUUGAAGACAUCUUUGUAUGUGUGUAUGUACAUUAUAGAGGAGCCAUCAAAGUAUUAAUACACAAGUAACAGUAUUUUAAUGUAAGUUCUGUACAGUAGUAGCCAGUCUUCUUUUCUGUAGAUUUGUUUGAGUUGGUAAUCCAUUAGCUGUGUUUUUAUUUAAAGAGAGACUCUAUUUUUUGUUUGAGUGUUCAAUAGUCCACUAAGAACCAUGUUUUGAGUGUCCAGUCCAGUGGCAAGUUACAAAAUCGUAAAACAUGCUGUGUAGGUUGAUGUGUCAGCAAGUUGUUGCUGACUGUAUGUUCUGUACAUGUAACCCUGUCAUGAUCUUGUUUAAAAUUUAAAAAUUGUAUAAUUUAAUGUUUAUUUUAUAAUUCAAAUGGAUUUAAUUUUUUUUUAAUGAAAACUUUUAGCUAUAAUUAAAAUUCUCAUGAUUGUUUAUAGUUUGGAAAACUCUCAGAUAUUGAAUUUAUACAUCUAAUUACUUACAAAAAAAUGUUGAAUAAGUUUUAAACUAAGAUAUUGAAUGAUAUAAUUUACUUAAUUUAAACUGAAAAUAUUUUAGCUCUACUACUUCAGCAAACAUUGAUCAAGCAAUGAUGUUAAAGUGCAUUGACCUUUUGUCAUUACUUUGGUGAAUAGCAUCAUCUGAAAAAUAAAAAAUAUUAAUAAUAUUGAAUUUGCUAAUAACAUAAAUAGAACAAGUUAGUUAUCAUUCUUCCAAUAAGAGACAGCGAUCAAAACAAUUCAAUGUUUGCUUGAUUAUCAAAUUUUUUUGGCAAAAAAUUGUUGUGUGCUCAUAUUAUAAUAGUCAAGAUGUGCCUAUAUAUGGUCAUGAUGUGCCUAUAUAUGGUCAUGAUGUGCCUAUAUAUGGUCAUGAUGUGAUGUCAUGACCAUAUUUAGGCAUGUCACAUGUUUUAGUCAAAUGAAAUUUGAUAGUCUGAAUAGGCUUUAGACCUUUUACUGAAACUAUUGGUCUACGUUAAGUAAAAGUUUUUCUAAAAAAUGUAUGUAUUAAUUGGUGAGAAAACAGUUCAUAUACAGUAUUAGACAGUAGCACCAAACAGAGAAUAUAUCUUUACAUACGUAAGAUGUUGUGAGAUGCUUUAUCAAGAUUAAUAAUUGUACUAUUAAGCCGGGCAGCUACUGCGCCCGUCGGUUGCCGGCCGAUUCAAAUUUAUAGUGAACGCAACGCCACGACACUCGCAUCAGAUCUUUUUUUUAAUAAUGAUCCAUUUAGACUGCCACCGACAAUCUGCAGACAGCGUUGUCUAGCACUCGUAGGGAGCACAAGUGGAUUCGUCAGCCAACAGUCGUACUACCAUCGUACGACGCAUUGUGUGCACGGCUUGUGAAUAACAUGCAUUUUAUAAUCAGUGGAUUUUAAAUGCCAUUUAGUUCCAAUUAAUACAAAUGUUGAUUUAAAUGAGGUAAGAUAUUGAAUUGCUUUAAGCAAACUGCCAGUAAUAUUUUUAAAUAGAUAGUCGUAAAUUAAUGGAAAAACAAGGUAUUGGUAAUUUAGCUCUUUGUGAUGAAAUGUAAUCGAUUGUGGUAAUUCGAUGUAAACAUAAUGUUUAUUGUUAAUUUAUAAUAGAAUAGGUCGUGAAUUUAUGAUGAAAAAUACUAUUACCAAAAUAAGUAUCAGUAAUUAAUUUUAAUAUUAUUAAUAAGCGAGUGCCUUUGACACAUAUUCUAUUUCAUCUAUAUGUAAUUUAUUUCUUUAUAAUAUUGACAAUGUAAAUAUGAUUAUAAAUCAUGAAUUAUGCAAAGAGUUGCAUCUGUUGUUGAUUGCCAUGUUUGCAUAUAGAUAUAAAUUAUAUAAUCUAUAAAUAUAUAUAAUUAAUUAUGUAGGUUUGUGGUAACGCUUCCAAGCAUUGAGAUCAAAAACAACAUGUUUACCUUAUUUUAAUAAAUUUUCUAGAAUCUUUUAUCGAGUUGAUAGUCAUUAAUCAGCAAUUAACUGACCAGAAGAUAAUGUUUCAAUAUAUGUAAGAUUUUAGUUUUAAGAAUGAACAUAAUUAUAAUAAUAUGACAAUAGGCCUCACAAGGCACUAUUUUAUAACAUUAUUGUCUUCUUUUUUGAAAUAAUAAUAGCCUACAUAUAUCUAUAUAUUACUAUGAUGUUAAAUAUUGGAAGAAAACUUUGAAAGCGUCUUUGGUGCUCAUAUAGCUAUAGCUAAGUAAUAAGAAUUGUAUGCUAUACUUUAAUUACUAUGCAAAUAAAUGAAUUGUAUCCAUUGUAUAACUCAGGAA